AUGCAGGUAUAUACAUUUUCUGAGAUUUCCGUCUCACCGCAUUUUAUUUUUGGAAUGAUUUGUUUGAAGUUACAUCCUGAUAACCCAAAGGAACAAUGCGUGAAAAGUGGAAGAAGAAGCGUUCACGGAGACUUCGCAGAAGACGCCGUCAAUCGAAGCGUUAAAUCAAUUUAUCUUUGCUACUGCAGGUAUGGAUGCUUUCUUUCUGGAGACAUUGAUUUCCUACUCAAAGUUAAAUGGACUCGUCUCUCAUGUUUAUGA